GUCAAGCUCUCAAACUCUAAAGUACGUCGACUCAAUCGCCAUAUUGGCUUCGGAGAAGCUCGUGUGUGCGCUGUCGUCCUGUUUUUUUUGUUGUUUGUUUUGUUUUCCCCCCCUCCAGCGGAUUUAAAGUGACAAGAAGCGGUUGGGAGUUGACGAAAGCGAGGCGAGCUAAAGCGGUUGACGUUUUAAUGGCGUGAACGGGUUUUCUCCAUCUUUACCCUACGUCGCGUUUGACUAUUUUUUGGGAAGAUCUUAACCAGCGUACAAUUGUUUUCGUUCACGCCGAAAAAAAGUGGACUCUCCCGGUUGUUUUCGUGGGUCUUUCUCCGUGGUGGAGCGGAACGGGGUGGGGGAUUAAAACAGAAAACGACAAAACAUAAAAAAGAAAGAUGUCCGAUGUUCGACUUUCCAGCGGCAGCCCGACGUUGGAGCGGAGCGAGCCGCGCUUGUCGGAGCACCCGAAACCGUCAGCCUGCCGGAUCCUCUUCGGCUCGGUGGACCACGACGAGCUCCGCCGGGAUUUAAAGGGACACCUGCGGGAGCUCGAGGCGGCCGCCGUCGCCAAGUGGAGCUUCGACUUCGCCUCGCACAGCCCGCUGGAAAACGACGCCGGGCUCCGCUGGGAGCUGGUGGACUGUCGCGAUGUGCCGGACUUCUAUACGCGUCUGGAGCGAAGGAGUUCGGGGAAUAACCGUUUGGAUGUAAACGGGAACCACCGCUGUGUUGUCGGCGAGCCCGCGGAAGAGCGAGCCGGUGGGCCGACGUCGUGUCCGGAGCAGUGCACCGCUUUAAGGAAGAGACCUGCCUGUCACGAGCCCUCAACCCAAAGUAAGAGGCCGCACAGCAGCCCGGCUGAGUAUCCGAACCGGAGUCGCUCCGCUGAACACACGCCCAGAAAGAGCAGCGGAAGCCCGGGGAGGCAAACGUGAGACGGGCGAGUUGAAGAUGCAUUUCCUCUGCGUAUGUCAGUCGCCUUUUUUUUUUCUUCGUUUUGGAAGAAGAGGAAGUACACAUAUCAGCUCUCUUCGAGGAUGCUGUUGAAGCACUGAUUCAGAAAAACACUAACAAAAAAAAAACAAAGUUGUGGCACUCAAAACGGAAAUUUGUUGUUUUUGUUUAAAGUUACUGCCUCUGAAAAGCAGUCGAUGUAGCAUUGUGCAAUUUGAGUUUGUUUGAGUUCUGUUCCUUUGCUCCUUAUUUUUUUUUGUACUACCUGUGUGUGUAUAUAAAUUAUAAUUUCUCUCCAUAUGUAGCACAUAAGACAACAGUGUGAUUUGAAAAUCCCUUUAUAUAUAUAUAUAGAUAUCUAUAUAAUAUAUAUAGAUAUGUAUAUAAAAUUUAAAAAGACACAGUGUGAAUUUUGAUUUGACGUGAAGAAUUGCAGUGUAGUUUGAUUUCCAAAAUGCUGUUUUAUAUACUUAAAGGCAGUUUUGACUUUGACUCGGUUAAAAAAAAAAAAGUUUGUGUGCGUGUGUGUGUGAGAGAAAAAAAAAGAAA